AUGGAAGGCCAUGGACACUCUCGGCGGAGAAGAGGAGAUGGGUGCACAGUCGUGGAGUGUUAUACACCUCGGAGGGUCGUCUCUCGGUGGCUUUCUGGCCUGAGAAGUUCCAAGAUGAAGAGAGAAGCAGAAGACGAACAAGAUGAUGAUUCUCCCAUAAGUAGACCGUCGGAUGAAAAGCCAAAGACUCAAAGAUAUGAGCCACAAAGCAGAGAAGCACCUUUGGAGAUGGGGAUUGGCUCUUUCUUGAUGUAUCUUGUUGUUGCAAGUAAAACUGAGCUUGAUAAAAUGGCAAACCUGCGGAUGGAAAUGGAGAUGUUUCUUCUCAAUGCAAAACAAGAACUACAGAAGAAGGUUUUACAGGAGAAUCCACCUGUGUCUUCGAGUUCGAACAAUGAUGCAUAUGCAAAAGAAGCAAGCGAUUACCAGUUUUCUCCUCAGGUCAUCUCGAAUUUGGCAUCAUCCAUUUUCGAAGGGUCAUCAACGAGUGUUCUUCAAGAGGAGGUCUCAAAACCAGAGGAUUACCAUGGAGGAACAGACCACAAUCCAAAGCUCCAUGCUGAGGUAUGUAGUGAAAAGGCAGGGGAGAGACAAACGGAGCAUCAGAUUCAAAGGCAACACAAACUUAAAGACAAUGAGGGGACGAAGAAUCAUAUACCAGAGAUGGUGAAAGAUGAAAGAUAUGGAGUGUGUCCGUACGAGCUAGAGAAAAAGCUUCACGAACUACGAGAGACAAGGCAACAAGAAGAGUUACUGAAGCUUGAGGCUGCGCUUAGUCGUGUUGAACGAAGACUAGAGGAGAAAGAAACCGAGGCUUCAUGGUGGAAAGACGCAGCUCGCCUGCUUGCUCUGCGUGUUCCUGAAUCUUCUCGAGCUGGACUAGAAUGGUCUAUUACAUCUUCAGAAGAGCCUGUUUCAAGUUCUUUUAAAGCAUGUUCAAAACACCGCAUCAGUUUCUCUAGAUGA